GUUCUUUAAUUCCUCCUCACUUUCUGCCAUCAAGGUUGUGUCAUCUGCAUAUCUGAGGCUGUUGAUAUUUCUUCCGGCAAUCUAGCCUUCUAUAAUUCCUGCGCUGCAGAGGCUACAUGACCCUGGGGCGUCCUUUGCAAUUCUAGGAUUCUAGAAGACCUUCCCGGGCAGGUCCUGCUCCUGCGCUUCCUCUCCUUUGUCUUCCCUUUCUCAUUCCCUUCUUCUUCUGCUCUCCCUCCCUUCCUCCUUCCCCCUCUCUCCUUUGUCUUCCUUUCUCUCCCGUUCUCCUUUCCUCCCGGGGAGAGGCGGGGACAGCCGGGAGCCUCCGCGCUGUGACGCGCAGAGGAAGCGGCGAGGGGGAAGCGGAGCCAUGGCUGCAGCAGGACUCCCUCGGUUUUGGCUGAUAUUCUCACUCUGGGCGCAGGAGGAAGAAGAUUUUCCAUGAGGAGGGAGGCCGGUUGCCAGAUUAAACAAAGCUUCAAAUACAGUGAUGCAGAAUCCCUCGGAGGAGACGAUUGCCUGGAAGAGGACGAGGAGGAGCUGGAGGCGAGCUUGGAAGACCAGGAGAACGUGGGAAAAUUUCUGGUUCCUGGCAGGCGUAGCUGCUGCAUUCUGACCCGUCGCGGAAUCACUCUGCGCGUUCUUCUCAAGGAUGGGCUGAUUGAGCCCGGAGAGGGCGUCCUCUCCAUUUACUACCUGGGAAAGAAGUUCUUGGGCGACCUCUUGACGGAUGGCAAGAUCGUUUGGCAGGAGACGGGUCAAGUGUUCAACUCGCCUAGCGCCUGGGCGACCUACUGCAAAAAGCUUGUCAACCCAGCCAAGAAGUCUGGUUGUGGCUGGGCGUCGGUCAAGUAUAAGGGCCAGAAAUUAGACCAGUAUAAAGCUGUUUGGCUGAAGAAGUACCAGCCCAACACGCCCCCUGCCGAAGAGAGUUUAGUGAGCGAAGGGGAAGAGGAUGAGCUUGCCGAGGAGGAGGAAGAAGAAGCCAAGGGGGUUAAGUCAGUCCUCUCAGAGUCCAUGCUGGCUAAGAAAUUGGAGGACAAGACCCGGAAGCAACAGACCAAAAGCCUUGCAGAAUUGCACAGCUCAGCUCAGUGCUGGCCAGUUUCUUCGUUUUUAACCGCAGAUAACAGCAAAAGGCUGGACUGCAGGAAUCGAAUCCCUGUCCGUUAUUGCAGCCUGGGGAGUCGGGACUCUGCCAGGAAUCCCCACACCUUGGUGGAAGUGACGUCUUUCGCAGCCCUUAACAAGUUCCAGCCUUUCAACGUUGCCAUCUCCAGCAACGUCCUUUUGUUAGUGGACUUCCAUAGUCACCUGACGAAGAGUGAAGUGACUGGCUAUCUCGGAGGUCGUUGGGACACCAACAGCCAGCUGUUAACGGUGCUGAGGGCAUUCCCUUGCCGAUCACGCCUUGCGGACGGGGACUUAGCAGCUGCUGUGGAAGAAGAGAUAUGCCAGAACCUUUUUAUGCGUGGGCUUUCCCUGGUGGGCUGGUAUCACAGCCACCCGUUCAGCCAUGCCUUGCCAUCCCUCCAGGACAUCGAUACUCAAAUGGACUACCAGCUGAAGCUCCAGGGAACGAGCAACAGCUUCCAGCCUUGCCUGGCACUCAUCUGCGGUCCAUACUGCCAUGCCAACCAAGGCAUGGAGUCGAAGAUUGCACCCUUCUGGGUUAUGCCCCCUCCGGAGCAAAGGCCUUAUGAUUACGGCAUCCCCAUGGAAGUUGAGGUCACCUACGUCCAAGACGGCUUCCUGACCAACGACAUUCUCCACGAGAUGAUGCUGCUGGUGGAGUUUUACAAAGCGGCACCCGACGUAGUGAAGUUUCAAGAGAUGUGGAGUCAGGAGCAGACCUAUCUGGAUAAACUAAAGGGCUCAUUGGCUUCCAGGACACCCAAGGACCAAGGUUUCGGACACAUCCUGGAUCAAGUCUACAGCAUCCUCAAGCAAUAUAGCUGAAACCAGGAGGAGGAACCAUGUCUUCAAGAAGCUGUCGGUCAGGGGUUAGGGAAAGACGUUUGGGUGAGAAGCUUCCCACUUUGAAACCCAGUUCUACCCCAUCUUGCUUGGCGGGUGGAGACAGAAAUGGAGACCCUUUGUGUUUGUGUGUGUGUGUUUAAGAAAGGUUUUUCACGAGUUUAAGAGGAAACACCGGACCAGCCAAGAACACGCUUUGAUUUGCCUAUGCGGAAUCUCGAGAAGCUAUCUGUUCCCCUGUACUCGGCUUGGCGUCACGGGGCAGAACACACCCAUUUCAUAGAUGCGUCGACUGAAGCAACCUGGCUUGCGAGGCCUCAAAAGGACCCCUUGGUAGUGUUAGGAUAUUUCCGUUCCACCUUAAAAGGGAGCAGGAUGUUUGUGUCACAGCCUGCUUAUUUCCUGUUCACGGGGUGUUUCUGUUGUGUCUAUGCGUUCGUUUCUCUCUCUGUGCCUGAACACUGAAGCAGGCAGUCAUGUUUUUUCUUUGUUCUGACCAACGCUGAAUA